CUCGUGUGAAAUGUAAGAAACGAAAGGCGAGAAACAAGAAAAAACUUCCCAAGAGACGAAAGAAGGGUUCUCUGUUGGGGCUGGGCUGGGACUUUGGAGGAAAUAAUUCUGAAAAAUAAUGCUGAUGACCAAAAGAAUGGCGUCCAAUGUUUAUACGUCCCCGGCUUUGAGUUUUGAACUCCUUGCAAAAUGCUCGACAACCAGAGCUCGUGCCUCUAUUCUCACACUCCCUCACGGACCUGUUCAGUUGCCGAUAUUCAUGCCUGUUGCCACACAGGCGUCUCUUAAGGGCCUCACUCCGGAGCAGCUGGAGGAUACCGGGUGUCGUCUCUGCCUAAAUAACACCUAUCAUCUGGGUCUCAAGCCCGGACAAGAAAUUCUUGAUGCUGUUGGUGGCGCUCAUAAGUUGCAAGGAUGGAACCACAAUCUCCUGACUGAUAGCGGAGGCUUCCAAAUGGUAAGCCUGUUGAAGUUGGCCACGAUCACAGAAGAGGGCGUUCGUUUCUUGAGCCCCCAUGACGGCUCGCCCAUGCUACUCACCCCAGAGCACUCCAUGUCCCUGCAAAACUCAAUAGGCAGUGAUAUUAUGAUGCAGCUCGACGAUGUCUUGGUGACUACCUCUCCAGACAAGGCCCGAAUGCGAGAGGCUAUGGAGCGUAGCGUUAGAUGGCUGGAUAGAUGCAUUGCCGCUCAUAAAAACCCCGAUAGACAGAACCUGUUUUGCAUUAUUCAAGGAGGCUUGGAUCUAGAGAUGCGACGGGAGUGCUGCAAGGAAAUGGUCGCCAGAGACACACCUGGCAUUGCUAUUGGCGGCCUCAGCGGAGGAGAAGCAAAGGCAGAUUACUGCCGCGUUGUUGAGACUUGCACGGCCCUAUUACCUGAUCUUAAGCCCCGGUAUGUGAUGGGUAUUGGCUACCCUGAAGAUUUAAUCGUCAGUGUUGCUCUCGGAGCCGACAUGUUUGACUGCGUCUGGCCAACAAGAACAGCGAGAUUCGGAAACGCCGUCACCAAGCACGGCGUCUUGAAUAUUCGAAACGCAAAGUAUGCCUCUGAUUUUGGGCCUAUUGAGCCUGGCUGCGGAUGCAUGUGUUGCAGAGAGGGCGAGGACGGCAUGGGCAUCACGAGAGCGUUUAUCCACCAUAAUGCCUCCAAAGAGACGGUGGCCGCGCAUCUAUUGACGAUUCACAACGUGUGGUAUCAGCUGCAGCUCAUGCGAGACAUUCGACAGGCGAUUAUUGAGGAUCGAUUCCCUGCAUUGAUCCGGCAGUUUUUUGCGCAGCUUUAUGAGGACAAGUCACAGUAUCCUGACUGGGCUGUGGAUGCCCUGAAGAGAGUCAAUGUUGACUUGACGGUAUAG